GCAGCUCCGACUGAGCAUCACAUUUACCGUUGCUUGGUUACUCAUUUGUUUACACUUUUUAUUUUGCCUUUGAACGCCACAAUGGACCUUAUAAAGGAAAUUAAUGAGAAAUAUAUGGCACUGGAGUCGGAAAUCGAUCAGAAACUGGAGAAAGUCCAGGCGGAGGAGCUGAAGCUGGAGCGCGAGAACGAGAAGCUGGCCAAGAUAUCGAUACAUCCGCCGCCACCCAAGGUGCUGUCCUACGAAGAGGCGCUGCUAAGGAACACAAACACACUUAAGUCGCUGGAACUGGCCAAGGCUCGUCUGCGGUCACGCAUUACCUACUCGCCGGUGGAGAAACUGCUGCAGCAGGCGCUAGUAAACUACAGAAAGGAGCUGGAGUCACUGCAGGCAACGAAUGAAGAGGCCAACGAGGCAGAGGAGGAGCAAAACCUAUACGAGCUGGUCAUGCAGAAUGUAUUCGAGGCCAGCGGCAAAGGAAGCGGCAAGAAGCAGACGUCACAAUGUGCUGACAACUGAGAGUCUGGCUUACAUAGGAGUAUAUACAACUCUAGCUGUAGAUGACUGAUAUUAAGUAGAUAUAUAUAAAAUAUAUAUACUCGCACAACAGCUAUGGCUAUGUGCACACCAAAA